CUCUCUUUGAAUCACCCUCUUCGUCACAUCCAUAUUCAUUUUCGUCUUCCUCCCCCUUUUUCUCUCUCUCUCUCUCUCUCUCUCUCUCUCUCUCUCUCUCUCUCCCCCUCUCUCUUCUUCCAGUUGCCUAAGACGACUUUUUUCUCCUUUCAGAUGGCGCAACAAGCUUGAACAAAGUCUUAAAGCAAAAAGCUGGGAGAAUCUCUGAUUGACGCUUGAUAUAUUCAGGAGCAAAUAGUUGAUGUGAUAUUUAGACAGAUUUACAAAGAUUUGAUUGGUAUUGGGCUACUGUGAUCCAUGGGGAUCUUUGAAGAAAUGGGUUUCUAUGGAAAUCUUGAUUUCCUUGCAGCUCCGCCGUGUGAAGGGGAUAGGCCGCCGGAAGUUGAGCAAGAGGCACCAAUGGAGGACGAUUACAGUGAUGAAGAAAUGGAUGUUGAUGAACUGGAAAGGAGAAUGUGGAGAGAUCGAAUGCUUUUGAGGCGACUUAAAGAUCAAAACAAAGGUAAAGAAGUCGAUAACGCCAAACAACGUCAAUCUCAAGAACAAGCAAGACGAAAGAAAAUGUCUCGUGCACAAGAUGGGAUCUUGAAAUACAUGCUUAAAAUGAUGGAAGUUUGUAAGGCUCAAGGGUUUGUCUACGGAAUCAUCCCGGAGAAUGGAAAACCGGUGAGUGGAGCCUCCGACAACCUCCGUGCCUGGUGGAAGGAAAAAGUCCGGUUUGACAGAAAUGGCCCGGCGGCGAUCGCCAAAUACCAAGCCGACCAUUCAGUUUCCGGGAAGAACGAGGACAGUUGCGCCGUCGUCUCCACUCCUCACACUCUACAAGAGCUUCAGGACACCACACUUGGGUCCCUUUUAUCUGCUCUAAUGCAGCACUGCGAUCCUCCGCAGAGGAGGUUUCCAUUGGAGAAAGGGGUUGCGCCGCCGUGGUGGCCCACCGGAGACGAAGAAUGGUGGUCUCAGCUAGGUCUCCCGAAAGAACAGGGGACCCCACCCUACAAGAAACCUCACGAUCUGAAAAAAGCUUGGAAAGUCGGUGUUUUGACGGCGGUGAUUAAGCAUAUGUCGCCGGACAUAGCUAAAAUUCGCAAGCUUGUUAGGCAAUCGAAAUGUUUACAAGAUAAGAUGACAGCGAAAGAGAGCGCCACGUGGCUUGCGAUUAUCAACCAAGAGGAAGCGCUUUCCCGGAAGCUAUAUCCCGAUAGCUGUCCGCCGAUAUCUUCCGCCGCCGGAAGUGGGUCGUAUCUCGUCAGCGACACCAGCGAUUACGACGUCGAUGGUGUGGAAGAUGAACAGACAAUCGAAGUAGAAGACUGCAAGCCCGUUUACACUUUGGGCCAAGUUGGGCUCAUGGGCUCUAUGGUCCCACAACUAGCCCAAGUCAAGGGUGAGCUCAUCGACAUAGCGUCUCCGGAGACUUUUAUACAGAAACGGAAGCAACCAUCUGAUGAGCGGCAGCCGCCGCCUCCGGCGGUGAUGGAACCCAAGAUCUACACAUGUGAGCAUUCUCAGUGUCCUUACAGUGACAUUCGGGUCGGGUUUCAGGACAGAUUUUCAAGAAACAAUCACCAGAUGAGUUGUCCCUAUCGCCCAACCCCUAAUCCUAAUCACAACCCUUCUCGCGGCGGAACCCUAAACUUCCAAAUUAACAACCUCCAGAAAGAACCGGUUUUCGCUAUGCCGUCGUUUGCUCAGCCCAAGAUCACCACCGCUCCCGCCGUGAACCAGGAGAAUCAAUUUGUUAGUUCGCAACUUGGACUUCCGGGAGAUGGUCAACGGGUGAUUUCUGAUCUCAUGUCGUUUUAUGAUACCAAUCUUCAACAACCCAACAGAAAUCUCAACUCCGGGAAUCUUGACGUCGUCGGCGUCGGCGACCACCAGAAGCAAAAAUUUCCGAUCCAGAUCGACGAUGAUUUUUUUGUACACAGCGUUGAAUCCAACAAUCAAUCGACGUUCUUACCAACAACAGGGUUCCAUUUCGAGAACAAAACACCAUACAAUCCUGCUUUUGAUGCAAACAGUAACCUGGAUUUCAGAUUUGUUUCGCAGUCGCCUUUCAGUCUAGGAGGAGUUGACUUUUCCGGCGACCCAACUCCGGCGCCGGAUAUGUCCAUGUGGUAUCUGUGAAAUCAAUUAUCAAGAUUCAAGAUAAAAAAAGACUCAAAUUCACCCAAUUAACAGGUGAAGAGUCUCUUCCUUAAAUCCAUAGUAUAGUAUCAAGUUAGUUAUUAUUAUUAUUAUAAUUACCAAAACUUUCUGUGGACUCCUGUUUCUUGUUUUUACGUUUCUUGUGACAAUAUCUUGUGUAACUAUAUAUAUUUUGUUUAUAUAUAUAAUUGUGGUGUAUUGUUGAUUGUUA